AUACAAGGGGGUGGUUCCCGGCUCCAUCCUCCCACAUUUAACCCAGGACAGAUGAGAAGGGAGUUUGACAUUGGAGAGUUCAGGACAAGAGGAGGGACAAGGGCUGAUCGCUGGCAAUCGCUUCACUUACUGCUCAAUGAGACAGCGGCCAACACACAGGCAGAGACUCUCACACACGCACUGUCUCUCUCUCUCUCAGGGUUACUAUCUGGAGGUCUCUGAGCCGCUCAGCCAGGUUGUGAUAUUGGCUGGUGGGGUCGGAGAAAGCUUUACUUUACUCAUCAUCAGCUCAGACUUAGCAAGCGCCGCUGCUUUCAACACAACGUCAUUUUGGAAGCGAGAGAAAGUGAUCCUCCCAGGCUGGGAAGUAACUCGCCUUUCCCCACUCACUUCUCUCUGACUUUGCGUUCUCUCCUUAGCGCUCAACCUGACAGCGCCGCUCCUGCACCUCUGGGACGUGACCCCGGAGCUUUGCUGGGUCGGCAGCGGGAGAAGACUUGGACAAUUGUCACCACAUCGUUUCCUCACACUCGGGAGACUUGAGUUCCGCACCAGCUGCACAAGCGGCACCGACCCGGACCCGGAUUUUACCGAUACGCGCGACCCUUUCUGUCGCUACUGUUAUAUUUGUUUGCUGCCGACUAGGAGUGCAGCGUGUUCUACUCACCCCUAUCUCCCUGGCUGUGGCUCGGUGCCCUCUCCUCCACACUCGGCUGCCUGGCCAAGGGGAAUGGGCGGAGGAAUUUGCGGGAGCUCCUGGGACUAAACAUCAGCGCUGCACCUUCCCCUGCUGCUACCGACUGGGCUACUCACCGGCCUCUGCAAUCCAACUCCCAGGGACUAGCGUGCGACUCCCAGCACCGCAGAAUGAGCUACAUCACCUCCAUCCUGGGCUAUCUGUCACUGCACUUGUUUGUCAUCUGCCUGCAAGCCCAGGUAACUGUUCAGUCCCCACCUAAUUUUACACAGCAUGUGAGGGAGCAGAGCCUGGUGACCGACCAACUAAGCCGGCGGCUCAUCCGAACGUACCAGUUGUACAGCCGGACCAGCGGCAAGCAUGUGCAAAUCCUGGACAACAAGAAGAUUAACGCCAUGGCAGAAGACGGCGACCCACACGCCAAGUUAAUCGUGGAAACAGAUACGUUUGGAAGCAGAGUUCGCCUUAAAGGUGCGGUGACUGGUUACUACAUCUGCAUGAACAAAAAAGGGAAGCUGAUUGGGAAGACUAAUGGGAGGGGCAAAGACUGCGUCUUCUCGGAAAUUGUCCUUGAAAACAACUACACGGCUCUGCAAAAUAUCAAGUACGAAGGCUGGUUUAUGGCUUUCACGAGAAGGGGCCGCCCUAGGAAAGGCUCGAAGACAAGGCAACAUCAAAGAGAAGUCCACUUCAUGAAGAGGUUGCCAAAGGGACAUCACACCACAGAACCUCAUAAACGUUUUGAAUUUAUCAAUUACCCUUUCAAUAGAAGAAGUAAAAGAACUCGACAUUCAAGUUCUCGGUAGGACACGGUAUCUCACUACGUUCCACAGACUUCAGAAAAACAGACUACUCUAUUCUAAUAUAAAAUAAGAAUAAAAAAGAAAUCACGAACAAGCUGUUUUAUAUAUAAAUAUACAUAUAUAUAUAUAUUUUUGUUUUUACAAAAGAUGAUCUAUUUUUUUAUUCCUACGAACUUUUUUUUUUUUUAAGAAAAGUGGAUUAAAUGUACGGACUUACAAAAAAAUGUGCUCUUCAUAUAGAUUUUAGUUUUUUUUUUUAAAUAACUAGCAAAAAAUGUUGUAGGUGAAGAUGAACCUGGGACCAAAAGUGCUACUUACAGGCAAAACACUUAACCAAAAGAUAAAUAAGGAACCGGUACUGGAAAACGGAAGAAGAACCUCGAGCAGGUUCUUUUUUAUUUGUUCGAUUUCCUAAACUCCUUUGUGGAAGAGUUGGGUUUUUAUUCUAAAUGCUUUUGAUUAUUUUUAAGAGCUGCUUUCUCAUAGAUUCAGUUUCCUUAUUGGAAACGUAGAAUGACCUGGUUGAAACAGGUUCUCGUGAUGAGCAAGAAUAUUGUGUUGUUUGUUUUUUUUUGUUUUUCUGCCAACAAGGACAAAUCAUCUUUGACAUAAAAAGACCUCAAGACGUGCAACUGCAUGACGAUGAAAUGAAAUGCAUCCCAGUGGUAGGAAACAGUUGUAAGAAAUAGUGAUGAAAAAAAAAGUAAUAAUAUUGUUAUUUUUAAAAACACUGUACAAAUGUCAGUUGUCUGGCAAGACCUUUGUCCUUUUUUUCAAGGAUAUGUGUACAUAUUAAUAUUAAUGAUGGAAAUAUUUAUUUAAAUGUGUAUUAAAAUUUGUACUAGUAUUA